AUGUCGCAGAUCAUGACCGUGGCGAACCUUGAGCCCCAGCCUGAAGUGGUUGAAGCCCCUUCUCCGAUGUGUAUCAGCAUCUCAGGCGCUGGCAUGUCCAUGGAAUUGAUGGUCAAUACGCCAGACACUCCUUCCAAGAAACGCCGAUACGCCUAA